CCACAAGGACAAGGGCCACAACAAAUCUCGGAGUGCUCAAUCCUCUCCCACGUGUGCCCUUGCAUGUCUCCACCUCCCACACGUGUCAGCCUAUCCCCACACCACCACCCUUCUGCUUCUUCUAUAACCCAUCUUCCGUCUUUUCUAUCUUCAAUCUCUCCCUCUGUCGCUCAACGAUGGCUGACCGCCACUCCGGUUCAGGCCAAACCCAACGUCCACCUCGACCCACACCCGGUUCAGCAUUCCUACGUAGACUCCACGACCACGCCCCCAACUCCACUCAAUUCAUCGGCUUCUUGGCCCUCAUCGUCUCCGGCUGCAUCUUGCUCUUCCUCACCGGCCUCACCAUCACCGCCACUGUCAUUGGCCUCAUCUUCUUCACCCCCUUGAUCCUCCUUUCCAGCCCCAUAUGGGUUCCGGCCGGGACAGUUCUCUUCUUAGCUGCGGCUGGGUUCUUAUCCAUGUGCGGGUUCGGUCUGGCGGUUCUGGCCGGUCUGUCUUGGAUAUACAAGUACUUCAGGGGUUGGAACCCGCCCGGUUCUGGCAGGUUUGACUACGCCAGGAGCCGGAUCGCGGACACGGCCAGCCACGUAAAGGACUACGCUAGGGAGUAUGGUGGGUAUUUGCAGAGUAAGGUGAAGGACGCGGCUCCUGGAGCCUGAGGGAUCUUGAACCGAAAGGUUUUGAACCGGAUCUAAUACGCCGAACCGGGUUUUCUCUUUUCUAUUUUUAGUAGUAUUUUGUUGCUUGUAGUGCCGUUUCUAUUUCCCUUUCUUUUUUCCCCUAUUUUUUUGAACUUUUGCACGAAAGUUGGCUGAGUGUUGAUUCGAUCGGUUCACUGGUGUAUUUUUGAAAGCAUGAAGGAUGAUUGAUCAAGAUCUCUUGUUUCAA